AUGAGGACCUUACUUGCACUAUGUGUUGCCUUUUCCUUGAUCUUUGCGUCUUUGCAAGCUGAUGCUAAAAGGUACAAUUUGCAUGAACGUCACCUGGCUCAGCAGAAAAAUGAUCCAAAUCUGCAGGGUCGAAGCACAGAUGAGGCUGUUGCUAGUGACAAAAAGGAUCAAUCUCAGCCUCAAACCACAAACAACAACAACAACGAGGCCAAGCAUGAUGAUCAUGAUGACGACGAUGAUGCGAACGAGAGUUAUGGUAAAUUCGGACAUGGCUCUUCUGAAAGUGAUUCUCACCGUUACUUUGUUGAUGAUCAAUUUCACCCCCAUUAA